CCUCCCAUCAGGCUCGCCCCGCCCCUUUCAGGUGCAGGUCCCCCUCCCGCGCCGGGCCCAUAGGGAGCGCGCCCACCCCUCCCUCCUCCUCUGUCCGCCACCAUGAGUCAGGUUGCCCUGCCACCCAUGCCUCAGGGCCCUGCUUCUGGACUAACCAACCAGGAGCUUGAGCAGAAGUCCAAGAAAUGGCUCCAGAUGAACAACGCUCGGUACUCGGAGCGUCAGCGCUUCGGCUCGACCGUUCCUCAGAAGGAGGAAAUGCCCCCGGAGCACCUGCGCAAGAUUAUCAAGGACCAUGGUGACAUGAGCAGCAAGCGCUAUCGCAAUGACAAGCGCGUGUACCUCGGUGCUCUGAAGUAUGUCCCCCACGCCACCUUCAAGCUGCUGGAGAACAUGCCCAUGCCGUGGGAGCAGAUCCGCGACGUCGGGGUCCUGUACCACAUCACCGGUGCCCUGACCCUGGUCAAUGAGAUCCCCUGGGUGGUGGAGCCGAUUUACAUUGCCCAGUGGGGCGCCAUGUGGACCAUCAUGCGCAAGGAGAAGCGCGACCGUCGACACUUCCGUCGCAUGCGCCUGCCGCCCUUUGACGAUGAGGAGCCCCCUCUGGAUUACGGCGACAACCUGAUCGAUGUGGACCCGGUGGCCGCGGUUCGCCUUCCCUUGGACGAUGACGAAGACCACGCCAUCAGCGACUGGUUCUACGACCACAAGCCGCUAUUGCACACCGAGCAUAUCAACGGCUCGACGUACCGCCACUGGAAGCUGGAUUUCCCCAUCAUGUCGACGCUCUACCGCUUCGCGCGCGUCCUUCUCAGUGACAUCUACGACCAGAACUACUUCUACCUGUUCGAUGAGCCGAGCUUCUUCACGGCCAAGGCCCUGAACUUUGCCAUUCCCCGGGGCCCGAAGUUUGAGCCGCUCUUCCGCGACGAGGGCGAGGCCGAUGCCGACUGGAAUGAAUUCAACGACAUCAACAAGAUCAUCAUCCGGCACAAGCUCAACACCCAAACCCUGGUGGCCUUCCCCUACCUGUACAAUGACCGGCCGCGUGCGGUGCACCUCGGUGUGUACCAUCACCCGUCGGUGCUGUACUUCUACCCGGAGGAUGCCAACCUGCCGGCGUACCACUUCGACCGGUCCAUCAACCCCCUGGUCACCAGCCAGUUUGACAUCGAUCAUGAGAAUGCCUUUGCCGAUGAGAUCUUCCAGGAGGACGAGGCCUUCGAGCUGCCGGAGGCGGUGGCCUCGGCCGGCAUCGACGCCGAGCGCUGGCGCGGCACCGGCGGCUCCGAUCUCGGGCCCCUUCCGGAGGGCUUCGGCCCGCUGCUGGCCGACAAGCCCCUGGCCACGGAGCGCACCGCCGACGGCCUGGCCCUCUACUGGGCGCCCCAUCCCUUUGACAAGCGUUCCGGCCGGACCCGCCGGGCCCAGGAUGUGCCCCUGAUCAAGCGCUGGUACCAGGAGUACUGCCCGCCGGACCAGCCUCUCAAGGUGGUGGUGUCCUACCAGAAGCUGCUGAAGUCCUAUGUGCUGAAUGCCCUUCGCCAGCGGCCGCCGGUGCCGACCACCAAGCGUCACCUGCUGCGGCAGUUCAAGAGCACGAAGUUCUUCCAAUCGACCACCAUCGAUUGGGUGGAAGCCGGCCUGCAGGUUUGCCGCCAGGGCUACAACACCCUGAACCUGCUUAUCCACCGGAAGAACCUCAACUACCUGCACCUGGAUUACAACUUCAACCUGAAGCCCACGCGGACCCUGACCACCAAGGAGCGGAAGAAGUCCCGCUUCGGCAAUGCCUUCCACCUGUGCCGGGAGAUCUUGCGCCUGACCAAGCUGAUUGUUGAUGCCCAUGUGCAGUACCGGCUGGGCACCAAUGAUGCCCUUCACCUGGCCGAUGGCCUGCAGUACACAUUCAACCAUGUGGGCCAGCUGACCGGCAUGUACCGGUACAAGUACAAGCUCAUGCGCCAGAUCCGCAUGUGCAAGGACAUCAAGCAUGUCAUCUACUACCGGUUCAACACCGGGGCCGUGGGCAAGGGCCCGGGUGUGGGCUUCUGGGCGCCAUCCUGGCGCGUGUGGCUCUUCUUCAUGCGGGGCAUUGUCCCGCUGCUGGAGCGCUGGCUGGGGAACCUGCUGUCGCGGCACUUCGAGGGCCGGUCCUCCAAGGCCGUGGCCAAGACCACCACCAAGCAGCGCAUCGAGUCCAGCUAUGACAUCGAGCUCCGAGCCGCCGUCAUGAAGGACAUCGAGGACAUGAUGCCGGAGGGUGUGCGCAACUCCAAGGCCAAGCAGAUUCUCCAGCACCUGAGCGAGGCGUGGCGCUGCUUCAAGGCCAACGUCCCGUGGAAGGUCCCCGGCAUGCCGGUCCAGCUGGAGACCCUCAUUUUGCGCUAUGUCAAGUCCAAGGCCGACUGGUGGACCUCGGCCACGCACUACAACCGCGAGCGCAUCCGCCGCGGUGCCACCGUCGACAAGACCGUCUGCCGGAAGAACCUCGGUCGCCUGACUCGUCUGUAUCUGAAGGCCGAGCAGGAGCGCCAGCAGAACUACCUGAAGGACGGGCCGUAUGUGUCGCCGGAGCAGGCCGUGUCCAUCUACACCUCGUUGGCCCAUUGGCUGGAGCGUCGCCGCUUCUCGCCCAUUCCCUUCCCGCCGGCCACAUACAAGCACGACAUCAAGCUCCUGCUGCUGGCUCUGGAGAAGAUGCGCGAGCAGUACACCGCCAACAUCCGCCUGAACCAGACCCAGCGCGAGGAGCUGAGCCUCAUCGAGCAGGGCUACGACAACCCGUAUGAGGUCCUGCAGCGCAUCAAGCGCCACCUUGUCUACGACCGGACCUUCAAGGAGGUGUCCAUCCAGUUCUUCGACAUGUACUCGCACCUGAUCCCGGUGUAUGUGAUCGAGCCCAUCGAGAAGAUCACCGACGCCUAUCUGGACCAGUUCCUCUGGUAUGAGGCUGAUCGCCGCGGGCUCUUCCCCAACUGGGUCAAGCCCUCGGAUCACGAGGUGCCGCCGCUGCUGGUGUACAAGUGGAGCCAGGCCAUCAACAACCUGCAGGAUGUUUGGGACACCUCCGAGGAGCAGUGCAGUGUCCUCCUGGAGACCAAGUUCGACAAGGUCUUCGAGAAGAUCGAUCUCACCCUGCUGAACCGUCUCCUGCGACUGAUCGUGGACCACAACAUCGCCGACUACAUGACCUCCAAGAACAAUGUCACGGUCAGCUUCAAGGACAUGAGCCACAUCAACUCGUAUGGUCUCAUUCGCGGGCUGCAGUUCUCCUCCUUCAUCUUCCAAUUCUAUGGCCUGGUGCUGGAUCUCCUGGUGCUGGGCAUGGAGCGCGCGGAUGACAUUUGCGGCAACCCGGCCUCGCCGAAUCCCUUCGGCACCUUCGCCGACGUGGCCACCGAGACCCGGCAUCCCAUCCGGCUGUACUGCCGGUACAUCGAUCGGUUCUACAUGUUUGUCCGGUUCUCCAAGGAGGAGGCUCGCGAGUUGAUUGGCCGGUACCUGACCGAGAACCCGGACCCGAACAACGAGAACAUGAUCGGCUACGAGAACAAGCGCUGCUGGCCGCGCGACUGCCGCAUGCGUCUCAUCAAGCAUGACGUGAAUCUGGGCCGCGCCCUGCACUGGGACCUGCGCAACCGCCUGCCCCGGUCGCUGACGACCCUCAACUGGGAGGACACCUUUGUGUCGGUGUACAGCAAGGACAACCCCAACUUGCUGUUCAGCAUGUGCGGCUUCGAGGUGCGGAUCCUGCCGAAGCAGCGCAUGGGCGACCAGAAGUUCGCCCUGACCGAGGGCCUGUGGGACCUGAUCAGCGAGCAGACGCGCGAGCGCACGGCCCAGGCCUUCCUCCGGGUGGACCAGGAGAGCAUGGACCGGUUCAACAACCGGAUCCGGCAGAUUCUCAUGUCCUCCGGAUCGACGACCUUCAGCAAGAUCAUCAACAAGUGGAACACGGCCCUCAUUUCCCUGAUGACGUACUACCGCGAGGCGGUGGUCCAUACGCGCGAGCUGCUGGACCUCAUCGUCAAGAAUGAGACCAAGAUCCAGACGCGUGUCAAGAUCGGCCUCAAUUCCAAGAUGCCCUCGCGCUUCCCGCCGGUGGUCUUCUACUGCCCGAAGGAGUUCGGCGGCCUGGGCAUGCUGUCCAUGGGGCACAUUCUCAUUCCCCAAUCGGAUCUCCGGUACUCGCGGCAGACGGAUGUCGGCAUUUCGCACUUCCGCUCCGGCAUGAGUCACGAUGCGGACCAGUCGAUCCCGGCCCUGCACCGGUACAUCCAGCCCUGGUCCAGUGAGUUUGUCGAUUCGCAGCGCGUCUGGAGCGAGUAUGCCAUGAAGCGCAGCGAGGCGGCCUCCAAGAACAGUCGCAUCACGCUGGAGGACCUGGAGGACUCUUGGGACCGUGGUCUGCCCCGGAUCAACACCCUCUUCAGCAAGGACCGCCGGACGCUGGCCUACGACAAGGGCUGGCGCGUGCGCCUGGACUUCAAGCAGUAUCAGGUCCUGCGGCUGAAUCCCUUCUGGUGGACGGAUCAGAAGCAUGACGGUAAGCUGUGGCAUCUGAACAACUACCGGACCGACAUCAUCCAGGCCCUCGGCGGUGUGGAGGGCAUCCUGGAGCAUACCCUCUUCGCUGGGACUUACUUCCCCACUUGGGAGGGUCUCUUCUGGGAGAAGUCCUCCGGCUUCGAGGAGACCAUGAAGUUCAAGAAGCUGACCAAUGCCCAGCGCUCCGGUCUGAGCCAGAUCCCCAAUCGCCGGUUCACGCUGUGGUGGUCGCCGACCAUCAACCGCGCCAAUGUGUACGUGGGUUUCCAGGUGCAGCUGGAUCUGACCGGCAUUUUCAUGCACGGUAAGAUCCCCACGCUGAAGAUCUCGCUGGUGCAGAUCUUCCGCGCGCAUCUGUGGCAGAAGAUCCACGAGUCGAUUGUGAUGGACUUGUGCCAGGUGUUUGAUCAGGAGCUGGACUCGCUGCACAUUGAGCAGGUCCAGAAGGAGACCAUUCACCCGCGUAAGUCCUACAAGAUGAACAGCUCCUGUGCGGAUAUUCUCCUCUUCGCGGCCACCAAGUGGAAUGUCUCCAACCCCUCGCUGAUGGCCCAGGCGGAGGAUGACUUCAGCGUGGCCACCACGCAGAAGUACUGGGUGGAUGUGCAGCUCCGGUGGGGUGACUUCGAUUCGCACGACAUCGAGCGCUACACCCGGCAGAAGUUCCACGAUUACACCCAAUCCACCAUGGCCACCUACCCGUCGGCCACCGGCAUCAUCAUGGGCAUCGACCUGGCGUACAACCUGCACACGGCCUAUGGCAACUGGUUCCCCGGCAUGAAGCAGCUCAUGCGUCGGGCCUCGGCCAAGAUCAUGAAGGCCAGCCCGGCGCUGCAUGUCCUGCGCGAGCGCAUCCGCAAGGCCCUGCAGCUGUACUCCUCCGAGCCGACCGAGCCGUACCUGUCGUCGCAGAACUACGGCGAGCUUUUCAGCCAGCAGAUCAUCUGGUUUGUGGAUGACACCAAUGUCUACCGGGUGACCGUGCACAAGACCUUCGAGGGUAAUACCCCGGGCAAGGCCAUCAACGGCGCGGCGCUCAUCUUCAACCCGCGCACCGGUCAGCUGUACAUGAAGAUCAUUCAUGCGUCCACUUGGAAGGGUCAGAAGCGUCUGAGCCAGCUGGCUCGGUGGAAGACCGCCGAAGAGGUGGCCUCCCUGAUUCGGUCACUUCCGGUGGAGGAGCAGCCCCGGCAGCUGAUUGUCACUCGCAAGGCCAUGCUGGAUCCGCUGUCCAUGUACAUGAACGACUUCCCGAACAUCACCAUCAAGGGGUCCGAGCUGCAGCUUCCCUUCAAGGCGUGCCUCAACCUGGAGACCUUCGGUGACCUGGUGCUCAAUGCCAAUGAGUCCCACAUGAAGGUGUUCAACAUGUUCGAUGACUGGCUGAAGACCAUUUCCUCGUACACGGCCUUCUCGCGACUGAUCCUCAUCCUGCGCGCUCUGCAUGUGAAUGUCGAGAAGACCAAGGCCCUGCUCCGGCCGGACCGCGAGACCAUCAUGCAGACCCAGCACAUUUGGCCUUCGCUGACCGACGAGCAGUGGAAGGACACCGAGGUGAAGCUGAAGGAUCUGGUGCUGGCCGACUAUGCCAAGCGCAACAAUGUCAAUUUCAAUGCCCUGACUCAGUCCGAGAUUCGAGACAUCAUCCUCGGCAUGGAGAUCGCCGCGCCGGAUGAGCAGCGUCAGCAGAUGGCCGAGAUUGAGAAGCAGAACCGCGAGGCCCAGGUGACCGCCGUCACCACCCGGUCGACCACGGUCCAUGGGGACGAGAUCAUCGUCACCACCACCACCGGCUAUGAGACCCGGGCCUUCUCUUCCAAGACCGAGUGGCGUGUCCGGGCGGUGUCCGCCACCAACCUCCACCUGCGCACCAACCAGAUUUACGUGGCGGCCGGCGAUGUCCGGGAGACCGGGUACACCUAUGUCCUGCCGAAGAACAUCCUCAAGCGCUUCAUCGUCAUCUCCGAUCUGCAUACCCAAAUCGCCGGGUACAUGUAUGGCAUUUCGCCGCCGGACAAUCCCCAGGUCAAGGAAAUCCAUUGCAUUGUGCUGGUCCCCCAGUGGGGCAACCACCAGAUGGUGCACCUGCCGCGCCAGCUGCCUGACAACCCGUAUCUCCGGGAUUUGGAGCCUCUUGGCUGGAUUCACACCCAGCCGAAUGAGCUGCCGCAGCUGGCUCCCCAGGAUGUGGCGCAGCAUGCGCGCACCAUUGCCGCCAAUCCGGACAGCUGGUCGCUGGAUACGUCGAUCGUGGUGACCUGCUCCUUCACCCCGGGAUCCUGCUCGCUGGCGGCCUACCGCCUGACGGAGCCCGGUCUCCGGUGGGGUCGCGACCAGCGCGAGGGGGCCAUCGAGCAGCGUGGCUAUCUGCCCACCCAUUAUGAGAAGGUGCAGAUGCUUCUGUCCGAUCGCUUCCUUGGGUUCUUCAUGGUCCCGGAGGAGGGCCCGUGGAACUACAACUUCAUGGCUGUCCGCCACUCGCCGAGCAUGCAGUACUCGGUCAAGCUGGAUGUCCCGAACGAGUUCUACCACGAGACCCACCGGCCGUCGCACUUCCUGGAUUACACCCUGCUGCAGGAUACGGCCACGGUCGGCGCGGCCGAUGGUGCCGAGCAGGAGGCCGCUGAUCGUGAGGACCACUUCAAGUGAGACAUCGCUGCCUUUUUCCCCCCGUGUCCUUCAUCCUCCCUCCUCUGGCGAAGGGAGACCAGCAAGAGAGCGUGGACCGAGAGCGCCGGUGGCCAAGGAGAGGAAGAGGACAUGCGUGUUCCUUUGCUUCUUUUCACUUUCUUCCCUCCUCGCGCCUGUGUGCCCCCUCUGGGGCUGGCCUCUCUGCCCCGGCUUGUCUGUGCUUGUGCUCUGUAUUUGCACCUUCCUUCCAGUCUGUUGCAGCAAAACCUCCCCAAUUUGUGUCCCCCCCUCCUCCCACACACACACACACACACAC